AUGAGGAAGAAAGAGAAGCUAACCGGGAAUGGAAGCAAAGACUUGGUUGGAGCAGAGUCAGCGGGGGGUUCAACAGUGAUGGGCAAAAUCCAGCUUAGUGUGAAUUGGAGUGCAAGUUGUGGUUCCUAUCCUGAUAUUAUAAAGUCUGAAGAAACCAAUAGACAAAUUGAUACUAACACAAAAUCUAAUUCUAAACAGCAGAGUCUAGAGAAAGCUAAUGAACAUCCUAAAUGGUUACCUGAUGGCUGGAAUGUGGAAGUCAGAAUCCGUAAAAGUGGUUUACACAUGGGAUCUGGAUACAAGGUGUGUUACAUCGAACCUUUGAAAGGAUACAAAUUCUUCUCCAAACCAGAGGUAUUACGAUAUCUUGAAACUGUAAAGGACAACAGUUGCACUUCCCAGAAGGGGAAGCAAUGUAGUAAGAUACAUUCUCCAAAUGACAACAAUUGCACUUCGAAGAAGGAGAAGAAGUGCAGUAAACUGCAUAUUCCAAACGACAAGAGUUGCAUUUCCAAGAAGGAGAAGAAAUGUGCUAACAUGGAGUCUCCAAAUGUCAACAGUUGCAGUCCCAAGGAGGAGAAGAAGUGCUGUAACACAGACAGCAGCAGUCGCGCACCCAAGAAGGAAAAGAAUUGCAGUAACAUGGUUUCUCCAACUGAUGUUGUGGUUGAGAAGUCUAUUGUGGAGGAUUUACCACCUGGGUGGGUAAAAGAAUUAAAGAUUACAAAGAACAGCAAGGGCACUCGGAAAGAUCCGUUUUAUAUUGAUCCAGUGAGUGGAUAUGUAUUCCGCUCUAAGAAGGAUGUACUGAGGUAUCUUGAAUCUGGUGAUAUACGUUCAUGUGCCUUUAAGCCAAGUAAAAGACAAAUCCAAGAUGAAGACAACAUAACUCCACCACCUGCUGCCAAGAGACAGAAACUGAAGCAGUCUGCACUCAUGCAACAGCUUUCUGCAUCCACAGAAAUACUUGAUAAAAGCAGCUUAGAACUGCCAAAUGCCAACAGCCCAAGGAAAGAGCAAAAUGCAAAUCUGUCAUCUAGAACUAUGGUUGCUUCUGUUGCCAUAGGUGAAUCUGUUCCAAAGAUGCAUCCACUAGAUAAUGGGGCUGCAAACUCUUCUGAAGUGAAGAAAACAUCUGACCCAGGUAGGUCAGCACUUUUGAAAAAUGAAUCCUUGAAGGAAUCAGCAAAAGUACUCUCUGCAGAUGAUGUGCAAGAGAAAGGGCAUGUUUUGAAUACAACGGAGAAUGGUAAUGAAAAGAAUUACAGUAACCAUAGCAUAUCCAAAAUCAGGAAGGAGUUCAAUGUACGUCAGCGGUCAUCACCGAGACUUGCUGGAGGUAAAUCUGUCCAGCUGGCAAACAAUGUGAUCAAUGAACAGACUCUUCAGGUUCCAAAAAGAAACUUGAGGAGUAGAAACACUCUAGAUCUGGAUAUUUCUGUGGACCAAGCAGCUUCUAAAGAGCAACCACAUCCGCAAGAAACAGAUAAAAUAGAAGACAAUAAGUCAGGAAUUCAAAUUAGCUCAAACAAGUCAGGUAAAAAGAAAGGGUACCAUCUUCCUUGUCGUGCUUCAAAACGAUUAGCUGCAAUUGAACAUGAGUCAAUAAACUCCAAAGUGGAUUUGCAGCAAAGUGUGCUUGGGGCAGUUACAACAGUGCUUGCAGAUAAAGGAAAAGUAGCAAAUAAAAAGAAAAAGUCAGAACCUCGGCUGGAGAAACGUCAAAAUGAAGAGAUGGAUGAUGAGAAAUCAGAACCUCAGCUGUCCUUUGCAUAUCACUAUUCUUGGUCUGACCCUAACUUGGAAAAUGCAAUCAAUGCCCUCACUGGUGUGUUACCACCAGCUGAUAGUAUUCCCAAUACUGUCUCUGAAACUGAUAUUAGUACACUUGUUGAUAAUGUUACGGGAAGAAGUGCCACUACAAUCCCUGAAACUGAUGUUCAAAAAACUUUGGUUGGCAAUGUUACGGGAAGGAAUGCCACUGCAGUUCAUGAAAUUGAUAUUCACAAAACUUCAGUUGACAAUGUUAUUGGAAGAAGUGCCACUACAGUCCCUGAAACUAACAUUCAAAAAACUUCAGUUGAAAAUGUUACAGGAAGAAGUGCCUCUACAGUCCCCGAAACUGAUACUCAAAAAAUUUUGGUUGACAAUGUUAUGGGAAGUAGUGCCACUACAAUCCCUGAAAAUGAUGUUAAUAAAACUGUGGUUGAAAACGAUUUGGGUAUAAGCAUCUCUACAGUCCCUGAAACCGAUAUUCAAAAAACUUUGGUUGAAAACGAUUUGGGAAUAAGCAUCUCUACAGUCCCUGAAACCGAUAUUCAAAAAACUUUGGUUGACACUGUUACAAGCAGGGACAGUGAAAACAAUGUAGUUGACACUGUUACAGGAAGCAAGGACAGAAAAUCUCAGGUACGUUCAAAUAAACCCAAGAGAAAGAAAGAGCUCAAAGUACCUAUGCGAUUAUCAAAGCGACUUGCUGGCCUUGAACCUGAGUUACUGCCUGCUGAAAGAGCUCUUGAAUAUUCCACUAGAAAAUCAUGCAAAGAAGAGCCAACUGCCACUGUUACUUUAACUAAUGGAGUGUCUGAUCAUCACAACGAUGCUGGGGAAGAAACCAAGCUUACUCUUCCAGCUUCUGACAGUUUGAAAACAGAUGAACUAGCAGAAUCCUUAAAACUGAGUGAGAAGUCAUACGAUUGCCUAACCGAUCACAAGGAACAAUUGAAGAAAGUUGAAGCUGAAAAUGUUGGUGAUGUGAUAUCAGAGCCACAGCUCCCCUUACCGUUUGGGGACUCUUGGUCAGAUCCAUGCCUAGAAUUUGCAAUCAAGACUCUUACUGGUGCUUUUCCGGAUGAUGCUGGUGCAGACAUUAUGCCUGCUUUGCCUCCUGGCUUCGAUAAUCCUCCAUAUAAGCAAGCGCAUGGGAGUGUGUUUACAAACAUCAAUCAAGAAGCUCAUGAUAACUUGAACCAAUCCAAGAACAAGAACGAGAAUAUGGUUAGCCAACCUGAGUUGAGGACAGGCUCCACCUCUUAUGAAAAUGCUCUGAACUUUACUACUAGAGAGUCUUAUGUUGAUCAAGGCAACAUAAUUAGGAAUUUGGAUGGAGAACCUCGUCACACUGGAAACAUAACACAACCUGUGGAUCAUUGUAGGAAUGUAAACACACCAACACAUGAGCAGCCCUUAAAGCAAAAUGGACUGGCUGUAGAGGGUGGAAUUGUUACAACGGAGCAACAACUAUUUGAAACUGGAACUGUAAACCACGAUAACUCUGAGUUACAGUAUUGUGCUCCGUUUAUGAAUUCUUGGUCAGACCCAUGCCUAGAAUUUGCAUUUAAGACUCUUACAGGUGUGAUACCAGUAGAGGAAAAUUUAACACUCCAAGGAUGUUUCCCGGAACCUGCUAACUGUCAUGAACGAAGGGAUGGUGUCUCAAUGUUGCCAGAUUUCAGAUCUUCCAGCUUUUCACAAAGCGAUUUCUCGUUUCUCCAUGAUACAGGAGUUAAGUCCAUGCCGGGGCAGCAGUCAUCAGUUAGCUCUUCAUUCCUACCUUUGGAAAAAACGAGCCUUCCAGGUUUCGCUGGAGUUGAUCCUCAAACACACUUUUCUCAGUGCAACAAUAAUUUUCAAAAAAGGUAA